CCUGUUACUUUAUUGAGAAAAAAGAAGAAAAAAAAACCUAGCACUCUUUUGUGUAUACCCGCAAAUAUAAGACGUUGAAAAAUGCAUCUCACAACCAUUGUGUAGAUCUCUAGAUGGAGGUAGACAAAGAAAACAAUGCUAACGUUCUAACUGCGGAUGUUAGUGGAGGAGUCAAGGAGUUCACGGAUCAUAUCAUGGAGUACUACCGUGAGAAGAUGUAAUUGCAACCGCUAUCAAGUUUCCGGUUUAACAAAGCAAUGGACCCAUUUCCGGCGCGGAAAUUGUCAAACUUGUUUUGAAGCGAAUUUGUCCGGCGUCAAAUUCGAAACCAACCUUGGACUUCUUUGAAAAUAAUUCAAGUUUAAGCCAUGUGGUUUCGAGUUGUGAUCGUCGUAAGCGUUACUACACAAACCUGGUCGCAAUAUACGUACGCGAAUCAGAAAGUCCAACAAGGGGGUACGCAGUUCGAAUGGGGUUGGCAGCUGACGCCAGUGGACGCACAACUGCCUUUGGACCACUACUUUGUGCAGACUGGUCCUCAAAUCCAGUAUGCUGAUAAUAUCGGUCUACAGAAUACUGGGCCACUGGUAGACGUUGCUGCCCUCAACUACAACACUGGGAUACCAUACCAAAUAUAUCAAUAUCCAGAAAAUCAAACGCAAACGAUCCAAGGAGUCACGAAUCAAGCACCAUUAGAUAUAUUUCUUCUUCACCAGCAAUAUCCUGUUCAGAAUACACAAACACAACAAAAUAACAUAGCAGGUGACAUCACACAAUAUACAAAUGCACCACAUUCAUACAACAUACAACACACACAAAACAAUCCAACUACAAAACAAACGGUAAAUCCACUUAUAAAAACAACUAAUAAAGAAAACGACGAUCCAAAUAACUCAAUAAUCACACCUAUUGUACAAGUAUUUAAAGACCAUAAUUGCACAAACGAAGACAUUGAAGAAAUAAAACAAUACGAAAAAACGACAUACGAAGUUGACGAUAAUUUCGGAGCAAAAGAAACACCUUUAUACAAAGCAGCUGCAGAUUUUAAAAUCGAAACAAGAUCGAAUACGAAAAAUGAAGGAUAUUAUUAUUAUUCAACCGAAAUAACUCCUACAACUAGAAAUUAUUACGAAGACCAAGAAGGUAUAUCAAAACUUGUAGCUUCAACACAAGAUCUGAUAACUAACGACGAUUUGCUAACAAUCAAUCAUUCAGCUGAAAAACAAGUUUUUGAUAUCGACGAUUACAUUAAGCCAUAUAAUUUAAAAACUGAAGAAUCUCGUAACAAUCGAAAUAAACAUCAAAUAACUUUAAAAGCUAAAAUACGUAACAUUGAAAGAGCAAUACCUAAUUCUGAUACAAAUAAUAAAAUACUUCAAAAUAAUCAUGAAAAUAAAUUUUCAUCUCCAAUAAUUGUACAAGAUUCAAGUUACGAUGAAUAUAAAGAAGGAAUAUUAGACACUUUAGUAUCUACAAUGACUCCAUUUAUUGAAAAUGGAUACGUUAUCUCAAGCAUACAAAAAAAUGAAAGUAAAAAUGCUUAUUUACCUCAUUAUUUUAAUGAAGAAACAGUUUAUGUGACCCCAAGACCUAUUGGACAGAAAUACUUAGCUCCGAUAACAGUAGCUUUAAGAUUAUUAAAUUCAAAUAAUACAGAUAUUUUUAAUACGAUAGAAGAUCCUGACACUUCGGAUAGUGAAUUUGUUGAAGAAAAAGUAAUACCUUCUAAAGAAAGAACUAUUGUUGAAAUACAAGAAUCUAUUCCAUUAGAUAUAACGCAUAUUAACGAAGUCGAGGUUCAUCAGUAUUUAGAAGAUGGAAGAAGUAAAUAUCUAACAAAUGAGGUUAGGAAUUUACACAAUGCAUAUAAUGAUCAACAAUUCAAAGGAAAUCAUGUAAAUUAUCAAGUCUCAGAUGAAUAUGACAAAAAAAAUAAUGAAAAAGCCAAUGGAAACAGUAAUUAUGGAAAUAAAGUAAAAAAUAAUGACGGAAAUGAAAAAAUAGAAUCUAGCGAAAAUGUAGAAACUCAAGUUACAGUCGAAUUCAAUAGUUUUAAAGAAAACAAGCAUAAUAAGGAUAACAAUAAUGACGAUGUAUUUGGAAAAAGAAACAAUCGUAAAGUAAUUCAACCAAUAAUCGUCGAAAAAGAAAUACCUGUUCCACAAUACAUAGAUCGGUACAUCGAAAAACAAAUACCGAAUUCCGAACCAAAAGUAAAACACGUACCAAUAGACAGACCGGUCGUUAUACCGGUACCAUACGAGAAAAUUGUUGAAAAGCCAGUUGAAGUCACAAAGUAUAUCGAUAAGCCGUACCCUGUUGAAGUUCCACAGCCCUAUCCCGUACCAAUUAAAGUUCCGUACCCGGUAGAAAAGAAAGUAUACGUAGACAGACCGGUACAUAUUCCAUUCCCAAUAGAGAAGAUAGUCGAGAAAGAAGUUGUAAGAAACGUUCCCGUACCAACUCCUGUCGCCGUACCGGUUAAAGUACAAGUUCCAGUCGAAAAACCAGUAAUCGUACCAAUACCAGUAGAAAGACCUUAUCCAGUACCCGUGGAGAAACCAGUAGAGAAGAUUGUUGAAAAACCGGUACAUAUAAACGUACCAGUACCUAUACCAAUUCAUAUCAUCAAACAUUAUCCAGUUGACAGAAUCGUCGAGAAAAAAGUACCCUACCCUGUCAAAGUUGAACCAACGAUCGUUACUAAAUAUAUCGAAAAUCCUUAUAACGACAGAAGAACAGAAAACAUGCCUUAUAUUAUACAAAGUUACACUGCAGAUAAUUCUAAACCAGAGGAAUCUCAAAAUCAUCCACAAUAUCAAAAUGCUGAACAAAAUAAAGCAGAAAAAUCACAAACUUACAAUCAACUACAAGGAAAUCUGAAAGACAAACAGCAAUUUACUUAUACUGUACCAAUCCAGACUACACAAUGGGGUAGUCUCUACGCUUCUUCAUAUAAAUACAUAAAUAUAAAACCUCACCAAGCUAAAAACAAUCAAAUAUAUAAUAAAUAUUUAACAACCAAUCAAAAUAUAUACUACGGACCUCCGCCAUUACAAACAUAUAAUAAUUAUUGGGAAAAUUACAAAAGAGGAGUUACAAAUAGGUUUGAAAGACAACCGAAAGUAGCCAAUCUAAGGAUAGAAUAUGGAUUUAAACCUCCGCUAAUUCCUAGUAUUGAAGUAGAUUUAGAUGGAAGACCGAUAAAUAGAGACUGAGAAAUAAAUUUGAAAUUCUAUUAUUUAUAUUGUAAAAGUUAUUUUGUAAAAUUUGUACAAAUUGUAAACAUUGUAAUGUUGUCUAUUGUAAACUUGUUGAUUGUAAACUUGAUAUGUUAAGAUUGUUUAAAUACUUUAAAUUAGCUUUAAAAUGUUUGUUAAUAUUCUAUAGUCAUAUAUUUUACAAUAAUUUAUACUAGUUAUAUUUUAAAAAUUAAGUAUUGACUUAUCUCCUACCAAAUUACGAAAAUAUAUGACGAUUUGACCCAACUUACCUCUAUCCAAAGUUGCUACGUGUCGCCACUAGAGGGCUUUAAAGUGUGCUAAUUAUUUUACAAAUAUUGAAAUAUCUCUAAAACCUCUUUAACAGAUUUUAUCCAUUUUUUUUGCAAACAGGCGGUUGCAAAAAUAUGAUAAACAAUAUUUUGUUGUUCGAGUUUUCGAGUUCUCUGAUGAUUUGAUGACAAAGGUUUGUUCCACAAAAAGGUGUAGUUUAACAAAAACCAUAGUUUCAAUAUGCAUAAAAUUUACAUUUUAGAUAUUUGAAUAAAAGUAAAAUAAUUAGCAAACUUUGCCCUCUAGCGGCCAAACGAUGCAACUUUUGAUAUAGGAAAGUUAGGUCAAAUCGUCAUAAUUUCGACCAAGGAAUCUGUGGUGGUACAUUACACAUCUUUCCCGGACACCCUUAUAUUUGAUCGUGAAACUCACUAAACCGAAUAAUGUCGUCCUUCUUUCUCAUUCUAAACAUGAGGUAACGAUAUGUUUUUGUAUUUCAGCUCGUAUUUCAUAAGCUAGUAAACUAAUUAUGACUGAA